AAAAAAAAAAAAAAAAAAAAAACAGAGUGAGUUAAGAAAAAGAAGAUGAAGCAGUUUGAGUACCAUGGCGUUGAAGCGGAGAAAGCGGAAGCGAUGAGGAGAUACAACAACCGUAGAAGCUUCCGCGACAUGCUACGUUUAGCCGCCGUAGCUUUUCUCUGUUACUUAUGGUUCUCGACUGUGGCGGUUUUGUUACAAACCGUCGGCGGUUUGAUUUACCGGUUCGGAUCGGCUUUGAUAACCGAUCGUACAGUCGCCUUCGUCAUCGCUAACCUACUCGUCGUUUUGAUCUUCCUUCUCUCCGGCGAGAGCGACGACGAGAAGAGUAGUUGUAGUAGUGGUCAUAACGAACCAGAUCUCUACGAGCAAUACACCUCUUUUUCCCCCGCCGUAACCGUAACCGCCCCCGACGAGAAAGUGGUGGAAGUCGAUGGUGACUCGAACAAACAAAUUGUUCCGACGGCGGAGGUUGAAGAGGCGGUUACGACGAAGAAGGAGAUCGUUCCGGCGAAUGUGGUGGAGUACGAUGAAUCGAGCAAGCAAAUCGUUCCGGCGUAUUUCCCGGAGGUUGAUGUGGAUGAGGCUAGUGAGGAGAAGGCGGUUACGACGACGGGAAUUUAUAGGAGGACGAAAUCGGAGGCGAAGAAAAAGAAAUCAGGGGCGGUGACAGAGUACCGGAGAACGGAAUCGGCGAAAGAGGUGGAGGUGGAGAUGGAGAGGCUGAGCAGUGAAGAGUUUCGUUUGAAGGUAGAAAGCUUCAUAAUGGAGACGAAGAGAAGCCUUAUUCACGAAAACGACGUCGUUCAAUAUUCAAGUUCGAGGUCAUCACAUGACCUCGUUGCUAGUACUGCCACUAGCGAUGGCUAUGGCUAUGGCUCUGUGUCGUGGUAGUCGAAAAAGCUGACUUGGAGUUAGAUAGGGUCAAAAAAGUAAAAAAAAAAACUCAAAAUGAGUUUCCUAGUUAAUUUUAAAAUUAGAUGAUGCUGGUGGUUUUUUAUUUUUCUGAAUUCGCUAGCUUUUAUUUUCAAUUUUUCAUCUUUGAUGGUUUAUCAUGCUUUUACUAGGCACCACAAUGAAGCUGAAAUACGGAAAUACUACAAUCUUUCUUUGCUUUAUAAAUACAUUAUAUUUUA